GGAAUUGCCCCGGGAGAGACGUGAAAGAGACGCGGUCCACGGCGCGUGCGAGCAAAAAUUAAAAGGAAAGAGAUAGAGAGAGAGAGGGUGUGAGAAAAGGAAACCGACGGGUGGCGGUGUUUUCCGUCGCCGGAUAACCUUGGAUCCACGCGCAUACGCCGGUCGACGUCGUCUUCGUCAUUCAGCCGGCUCGACGUCUCACGCUCGUCUCGUUCCAGCCCGUCUAUUUGCGGGAGUGUCGUCAUGGCGUCUACUUCGCUGACCCAGCUCUUGGCCCUUACCCUGGUGGCCUUCGCCUGCAACUUGGCCGCUGGACAGCAGCUCGAAGGUCCCCGGUCGUGUGACCCGAGCACCGAGGUGUGGAACCCCAAGUGCAAUGCCCACUGCGAACCCACCUGCACCGAGGGCGACCUGGUUCCGUGCAGCCGCUCCGGAGGACCAGCAGCCGCACCGCAGGGUCGCUUUAGCGAACGCAUCUGCCGGCCGAAGUGCAACUGCAAACCAGGCCUGAUCCGGGCCACACGGGGCGGUCCGUGCGUGCCCCGGGACCAGUGCGGCGCCGCGGGCGGUCAGUGCAAGCGCAACGAGGAGUUCCGCGACUGCGGCUCGGCCUGUCCCGCCGUGUGCGGUCAGAAGGCGCCAGAGGCGUGCACCGCCCAGUGCGUGCCCGGAUGCUUCUGCGCGAGGGGAUACAUCCGCGACAAGAGCGGCCUCUGCAUCCCCACGGCCGCCUGCAGGGGCGGUCGAGGCAGUGGCAGGCCUGGCAGGCAGCGUAACAUCAUUAGCAACCAGCACCCGCCCACGCACUUCUUCUGAGCACGUGCUUCUGCACCGAAGCUCUUCUCUUUUUUUCUUCUUUUUUUUUCUCAGAACGAGAGGGACGACGGAAGCGCCCUGUCGCACGCGCACUGUCCAUCGAACUUGGCCGGGAUUCUCGACUGGCAUAAUGUAGUGAUUCUAUUCCAAUUCUUAUCCGUUUCUGCGCUUCGUCAGUGGGCCGCGCACCGCCUGUGCGUUACCAACAGGGUCGACCUGUCGUGAGCAGCGGAUGAUAAGAAAGGAUUAGAGUCUAGUGAAAGGAAUCCUUACAUUACACCUGCUCAGCAGAUGUCGACUGCUCGCGAUGAACUUUUGACUGAAUCACCGACUGCGAAUGUCCACAGUAACGCCAUCAGAAGGGGGAGGGGGGCCUUGCGCCGCCCUGUAGCCGCCUAGACAAGAGAGGGAGGUAAAGAGACAGAGAGAAAUAGAGGAAAGGCAGGGAGGUUAGCCGGAACGAAUUUAGAUGGGUUAUCCUGCGCAACAUCCAGGUAUACCACCCUGGACGCCUCUGAACACUGCCAUGCACAAAAUAAUUUCAGGCGCCAAAGCUGGUCUCGCUCGGCCCGGCUUAGUGAUAUUGGCAUCUAGCGUGUGACGCAAUCAGCGCCACUGUUAUAGAGAAAGGGAGCGCGUGCGAAACGUUUAGCUAUAUCUGGAGAGAUUAGUCUAGCAACUGGCCCUGACGUGCUACUCCAUGGGAAAAUGCGAGGAGCAGCUCCCAGCAUUGAUUACUGUAGAAACAGGCCUUGAAGACGAGCAUUAAUGGACAAGCUCGAUGGACAGUGCGUGCAAGCCCUUUGUCGUUUCGGCUGGCUGCACCUGCCGUGCAACCGCCACCCUCACUUCUGAUAACUGUAUUCGUAAUAAAAGUCGAGGACUAGGCACUCUC